CCCUCGUUUGCUUUGCAGCACAUGCAUGCAUUCCUACAAAUAACCGACACGCGCGCGUGGCCAUUCUUACACCGAGCGAGCACGCACAGGUAAAUGAACUGCAUCGUAUUCGAGCGCAGGCCGUGGGCGAGGGAGCGUAAGGGGGGAGCGCAGGUGUCCUUGCCGGCUGCGUCCACUCUCCAAGUUGCCGAGAUUCGCUGUUUGCUCCGCCGAAAAGAUUCGAGCAGGUGUUUUCACCUCGUUUCUGCAUCGAAUCUCGCACCAGUUGCCCCGCUCCGCCACGCUCUGCUGCAGAGGAAGAGUCUACUUUCUGAACUGCAUUGGGACUGAUUGGUUAUCAGUUGUUUUUGUCUGCCACCUUCCUCAGACUGCGAUUGAGACCGAGGAAGCGAAAACUCUACGUACUGUACCAACUUGACAGACAGCCAUGAAGUUCGGCAAGGUGUUGCAGCAGUCGACGCAGAUGUCGCCCAGCGCAUGGGAGCCCUACUGGUUCGACUACAAGCUGCUCAAGAAGAUCAUCAAAGACUGCGCGCAGAUCAAGAAGGAGGAGAAGCUUCAGGGUGACAAACUCGUCAAGAUCAAGAUCAAACCCUCCGCCAAGGAGGACAACGACAGCAUCCGUCAGUCGCAGGACGAAAUGAACUUCUUUCGCACAUUGCGCAUGGAGAUCAAGAAGAUCGCCGACUUCUUCAUCAAGGAGCAGGCCAAACACACGAGUCAGGUAGCCGCCAUCGACGCUAGCUUCCAGCAACUUAAGACGAACCCCGAGUCGGCUGAAGCCAAGACGGCGCUCAUGAAGAGCUGCGUAGCGCUGUACAAGGAGCUUCUACUGCUCGAAAACUUCGCUGUCAUGAAUUUUUGCGGCAUUUCAAAGAUUUUGAAAAAGCACGACAAGUGGACGGGAUAUGCCACGCGCAAUAAAUUCAUGCACACGAUCUUGAUGAAGCAGCCUUUUGCGACGUAUGAGCCUCUGCUGCAGAUGAUCGAUCGUCUGGAGCAUAUCUUCAUGCAGGCGACGGGAUCGAGCAUUGAACAGCACGACGCACAGAAGUCUUCGUCUCGACGCAGUGGAGGUGGUGGCAGCUCGUCAUCUUCGCCUUCAGGAGACGCCCCCGACAGCUCAAAACCCGCCAAUGGAGGUGCUGAUGAUAACGCUGCCUCUGGCAAUGGAUCGCCAAACCACUCGCCAAGUCACACACCACCUGGAGCUAGUGGCGGUCGCCAUGAUGGACGCAGGUAUAGAGGCGCGGUAGAUGAAUCGUCCCCAAGAUCUGAAGAUUCAGUGACGCUAGUGCGAGUGAACGCGCUUCGAGAUGACGUCCGGGAACUUAGGAAGAUCGAGAGCGCGUAUGACGGCGACGGAGAAUACGAGGAUAACCCGGACGAUGCCAGUUUCCCUGAUGAUGACUCUGAAGUUCCACCGCUACGUUUUGGAGGCCGUCCACAAGAAGAAAAAGCUACGGGUCUCCUGCCCUCGCUGCCGCUGCGUGUUGCUCCUGCAGGCACCCAGUCAGACAGUGAUGCUGCAGCGAUUGCUAUGCUUUCAAUGAAAGACGCUGGCUUGAACGCGUCUGGACUUAGCAGCGAUGGCGGUGACAGUGCGACGGAUACCUGUCGUACGCGGAGUGCUAAGCGUAAAGCGUGUGCACCACUAAACAUGGAAGGCAAGCGCAAAAUGAGCGUCACUGCGAUUCUCAACUAGCAGCAACAGGAUGUCAAAUUCGUCAUAGCUGGAACAGAAGAGGGGGCGGGAAUAACCUACGACACGUUGCAUGUUGUUGCCAUAUUCAUUCAUCUUCCCUGGUCGCCUGUACUCAUUCGUUCUUGUGUUCUACCUCCAGCAAACCAAGGUUUCUCCCAAACUACUCCUACACACGUGUGAGCACUAGUCAGGCGGACAGAAAGCUCUAAAUGCUCCUUCGUCAAGCGUACUGCUGCCUUGCUCAUCGUCUGAGUUGCAACACCUUCUGUCUCUUCCUAAUGCCAGCGCCACAACAGCAAGUCGCCUAGUAGUAGCGCCCAACUAAAAAGAAAAUGAUCGCGCACACCAGCAGAUGUAGAGGACCAAAUGCCUGUAGCAGCAAAACACAACAGUAAAUAAUCAUCACUUUUGUUGACAGCAAUGACAACUAAACGUACCCCCUGAUCCUUGGGACCUUUGCC